CUUUGCUGUGUCAGACCCCAGCAGGUCCCCGGACAGACUGUUCUGCCUCGAGCUGCCCUUUUUACCCCCAGUAGGGGUAUUUGUCAGCCCCAUCCGCUGCCCCCCUAGUUGGCACCUGCCCUUCCCCUGCAGUGACUUCCAGAGAUUUCCACCCCUUUCUGUGGCGUCACUGCGGGGCGGUAGAUAAAGCCCCUGGCAGGGUGAGAGGAGGCAGAAUGGCUCAUUACCCCCUUACACGCAGCAUGAAGACCGGACUCCACACCAGCGACCCCCUGCCCCCCGGAUGGGAGAUCAAGCUGGACCCCCACACCGGGUGGCCUUUCUUUGUGGAUCAUAAUAACAGAAUCACCACGUGGAGCGACCCCCGGCUGCAGGACACCGGCAAGAUGGGCCAGUCUUUGGCCAACGGACCCUCUCAGGAAGGCCACAAGCCGGCUCCCUUAAGAGAAGGGAACGCCUAUUACCCUCAGCUCCGUCCGGGUUAUAUCCCGAUACCCAUCAUCCACGAAGGCCUGGAGAACCGGCAGCAGCACCCGUGUUACGUUCUGCAGCAGCCGGGGAUGCAGAGAGUGAGGAGCGAGCCGGUCCCGAGCCACAAGCGUGCGCAGUCCCCUCUGCGGAGUUACACGCGCCCGCAGUCCCCCGGCCGCGGCCGCCCAGAGUCUCCUCCGCUCGACCGGCAAGGGGGGCAGGUCGGCGGAUCGCCGGCACCAAGCGGGUCGCCACAAGGACCAUCGCCCCCUCCUUCUACGACAGACUCCCAAAGCAACUUGUCCCAAUCCCCCGGCAGACAGUCUCCUGGAAGGCAGAGCGUGGGAGGCCACCAGCUGCCCCGUGGCUACAUCCCCAUACGUGUCAUCCAUGAGAAUAACGUGCCACGGCAGCCCACCCACAGCUUCCAGUUUGCGCCGAAGACUCAUUAUUCCCAGCCGCCCGGAGAAUACCAGCCACACCAACCGGUCUUCUGCAAAGUCCAGGACGAGAGGGACUCCAGAGCAGCUCCGGCGCAACCUGCGUCCAAAGCUGCACCACGGGUGCUCUCUAGUCGAGAAAACUCACCGGUCAGAAUUGUGACUCCGGCUCCUUCCGGUGAAAAGCCUCAGGUGCAGCAGAUCCCCGUUCAGCGGGAAUCCCCACCGAGGAAUCAUCAGGACAAUCAGCCAAGCUCUCCGGUCUCCGCCGAGCUGCCCACCUACGCUCCGAUUCAGAUGACCUUCACGGAGGCAGAAUGUAAACCUCCUCCCCGGAGAGCGGUACCCGAAAAGGUCGAGAUGAAGAUCGAAAGCCCUAUUCAGACUCCUCCGGCGGAAGAGGCGCCACCUCCGUAUGAGUCUGUCCCUCAGAAGGAGCCGGAAGCCGCCGAGUCCCAGCAGAAGCACCCGGGCGUCCUACAGGUAGAGAGGAUCCUGGAGAAGGUGGAGGCCUUAGAAAAGGCCGUCGAAGACUUCAAGGGUAGAAGAAGUGAGAAGCGGUAUCUGGUGCUGGAGGAAGACCUCACUAAAGCUCUGCUGGCGUUGGACUCGGUAGAUCCAGAAGGUCGCGUUGACGUGCGUCAGGUGAGGCGGGAUGGUGUCAGGAAAGUCCAGAACAUUCUGGAAGCUCUGGAGCAGAAAGCUUCUGAAGGCACAGAAGGCGGCCAAGCCAUGGACUUAGCCGGUAGCUCCCAGGAUUCCAUGGAGGUUGAGAACACGGCGGACAGAAGUAACGUGGCUCCUGGCUCUUCAGACCGGGACAUUUCUCGACCCAAGGAAGAGCGAGCCCCCGACCCGUCCUCGUCCGCUCCCGACGGACACUAGUUACUUGCUGACGGGAAACCUCUGAACUCUCGAGAUGGGGUUGGGUUUGGAUUUUGCAAUUGAAAGGCUGCAUGUGUUUCUGUCGUUUUAUCACCCACUGGUUUUCACGCCACCAAACGUGGUCACCGAGAACCUCUAGGACUGCUUUCCUUGAAUGAGAUGUAAUUGCUUAAGCAAACAUUAUUUCCUCCCCGGUUAUCACAAGCAGCGUAGCCACGAGAUGGUCCUGCGCUGGGGAGGGCUUUACCCGGGAUAUCAAUGCUGUAACUUUACAGCAGCUAUAAAGGGUUAAUCGUCAUUAUUUAAAGGGACACGCACACCGCGCUCAGGGCCACACACCCGCUAUACCGUCAGGAGCUGCGCAUGCCGCUGGCGUUGCCCCUGCUCCGAGCCCACGUCCCGUCCACAACGCG